CCAAAUAAACUAACAAAUAAUCUGAAUAUUAUAGUGAUUAUAGAGAGAGAAACUCUGGGUUAUAGAGAGAGAGAGAGAGAGGAGUGUGAUGGUGCAGCACUGAGGAGGAUCUACAGCGGUGGAUGUGAGAACAGUUACAGCAGUUGCUGUUAGCAGAAUGGGGCAGCCCCUGGGAAAACGGGAAUUAUCACCUGAAACCAAGGUUCUGUCAGAAGCGGCUCCAGCAGCAGUAGGAGACGGUGACGGUCAGGACGAGGUGUUCGGCCUGAACAACUCGGACGUGAACCAGAACAAAAACCGCUUAAACAAAAGUGAGGCGUCGCCAGGCUCCGCCCUCCAUGCCCCUCCCAGCACUGGACAGACCAAUCGGAGUCGUGGAUCCUCACCACGCUCACACCUGGUACGCCUUUUCUCCCGUGAUGCUCCGGGCCGAGAGGACAACACCUUCAAAGAGCGCCCGUCAGAGUCAGACGAGCUUCAGACCAUCGAGGAGGCCGGAGCCGCCGCGUCCGAAAACUCUGAGACAACGACCAUCGUUCAGUGGUAUCGUCCACCCUGCGCCCCCAGCAUGGCAUCUUCAGGCUCAUCGGGACAGUCCGGCUUCAGACUCGGACGCUCCAGCAGCAAGAAAAACCCCGGAAUGAUGGAUCAGAUCGGCAAAAUCUUUGGAGGAGAUAAGAAGCGAAAGGGCAAGGGGUCAUUUCGGGGGGCCCUGUCCGCGUCCCCUCAGAGAUCCAGUCACUCGUCCCCUCGUCGUCGACCUGGAGAUAACGCUGUGGUUCACUUCUUUAGAACAAUGGUUUCUCCUGCUGCUGCUCCUAAAUCCAGGGGUGUUCAAAAGGGACAAGGAUCACAGAAGAGCCAGAAGGGCAAAGCAGGAGAAGGGACCCUGACCCGCAUCUUCAAAAUGGGAGGAAGUCGUGCAGCUUCUCCUGCUAAACGCUGAAAUCAGAUUUUCUCCUGUAAACAUUUAGAUCAGAUCUGAGAGAGAAAAUGUUUUAUUUACUUUUACAUUUUCCCCAUUUUUAUUUCCAGCUAACAUGAACAUAAAUGUAUUUCCUGUUUUAUUAUUCAUUUAUUUCUGUUUUAGUUCAUGGUCAGAUCCCCCAUCAGUUUCCAUCAACAUUUCUGCACUGAUGGACCUGAAACACUGAAAACUUUUAAAGGCAACAUCAUUAAUACUGUUGUUUAUAACUGUAAUUAUGAUCAACUUUCAACUUAAUUAAUAUAUUUUAAAAAUGACAAAUGUGUACAAAUUUAAACAAAAUGAAUAAAGCUGUUGUAGUCAAAUGUAAACAAAUGACAUCACUUAGAUGAACAGCUAGUUUAGAUAUUUUGCUAACUAACUACAUAGUUGCAGACCAGCUAACUUCUCUAAACUCCAAAUUUUUCGUCAAAAAACUAAUUUUUUAUUGGACUGAAAUUAGUGCACUAGAGGACGCUGCUAAUGGAACGUUAGGUUUUAGCCUUUUAUCUUAAAAUGAUUACAUGAAGACAUUGUAAUCCAUAAUUGGCAUAUAUAUAAAUCGUCCACUAGGUGGCGCUGCGGAUAUAAUUUUUGCCUCUAGAAGUUUGAAGCGUUUCAUGUUUGUUAUUAAAAUUGUCUUGUGGCCUCGUCUUUGUCUUCAACUAAAACCUUGGCGCUAGGAAUUAGCAUUUAGCAGCUACUUUGGCGUUUUUCAUGAUGGCAUUGUGUCCGUGUGCAGCUGUGAUUGUUCUAAAUUAGCUUGUCCGCUCUCUGUUUCUGUGGAUCUGACUUUAAACUGUUAUGCUAAAUAACCAAAUGUCUUAUUUAUUUUUUAAUGUUAAUAUUUAGUGAAUAUUAGCGAAUUUAUUUGAAUUAACAAAAUUGUAAAUGAGGCACUGCAGCUGCCUUUCAUCUCUAUUAAAACUGUGUAAGAAAAUCAUAUGGAUGAGAUGUGUAGACGGCUAGCAUUUAAGAAACCAUAGAUGUUCUGUGUGAGUAAAAUGCUAAUGGAGGAGCAAGAAAUAUGAAAAAAAUUAAAAGAAAACAAACUUUA